GAGUGUGGGAAAUGUUUUUCAGAGAAUGCCAAUCUUUCCACACAUCAGAGAUCUCACACAAGGGAGAAGCCUUUUUCCUGUUCUGAGUGCUGGAAAUGUUUUAAAGAUAAAUCACAUCUUGAUAGACAUCGGAGGUCUCACACAGGUGAAAAGCCGUAUUCUUGUUCUGAGUGCGGAAAAUGUUUUUCAGAUAAGUCCUAUCUUUCCACACAUCAGAGAUCUCACACGGGGGAGAAGCCUUUUUCCUGUUCUGAGUGCGGGAAAUGUUUUUCACAGAAGUCCGUUCUUUCCCACCAUCAGAGAUCUCACACGGGGGAGAAGCCUUUUUCCUGUCCUGAGUGCGAGAAAUGUUUUUCAGUGAAGUCCAAUCUUUCCACACAUCAGAGAUCUCACACGGGGGAGAAGCCUUUUUCCUGUCCUGAGUGUGGGAAAUGUUUUUCAGAUAAGUCCCAUCUUUACACACAUCAGAGAUCUCACAUGGGGGAGAAGCCUUUUUCCUGUCCUGAGUGCGGGAAAUGUUUUUCAGUGAAGUCCAGUCUUUCCAUACAUCAGAGAUCUCACACGGGGGAGAUGCCUUUUUCCUGUUCUGAGUGCGGGAAAUGUUUUUCAGUGAAGUCCAGUCUUUCCAAACAUCAGAGAUCACACACGGGGGAGAAGCCUUUUUCCUGUUCUGAGUGCGGGAAAUGUUUUUCAAAGAAGUCCAAUCUUUCCAAACAUCAGAGAUCUCACACGGGGGAAAAGCCUUUUUCCUGUUCUGAGUGCGGGAAAUGUUUUUCACAGAAGUCCCAUCUUUCCACACAUAAGAGAUCUCACACAGGUGAGAAGCCGUAUUCUUGUUCUGAGUGCGGAAAAUGUUUUUCGCGGAUGUCCGGUCUUUCCGCACAUCAGAGAUCUCACACGGGGGAGAAGCCUUUUUCCUGUUCUGUGUGCGGGAAAUGUUUUUCAGAGAAGACCAGUCUUUCCACACAUCAGAGAUCUCACACGGGGGAGAAGCCUUUUUCCUGUUCUGUGUGCGGGAAAUGUUUUUCGCAGACGUCCAGUCGUAACACACAUCAGAGAUUACACAUGGGGGAGAAGCCUUUUUCCUGUUCUGAGUGCGGGAAAUGUUUUUCAGAGAAGUCCAAUCUUUCCAGACAUCAGAGAUCUCACACGGGG